GUGACAUCCCUUCCUCUAAAAGUAUCAACCAUUUCUCUAUGGGCAUAUGAUUUUUGUAUGUGGUGGCACACUUGUGUUGAUGAUGCUCAUCCUCUCCCUUUCAAAACUUGUAAAUUGGUUUUCGUCUUCGUCUGGCAUGCCAUGUCACCCCUCUCCUCUUCAAUUCCACCAUAUAUAACAACCUCACCGGCCGGCCAACCCCUGUCCUACAACCCCCCAAAACAACAACAUCGUCUAGCCUUUCUUGAUCUCUACAUCACUUUUCCCUUCCUCUCCCUAUAUCUCCUCCUCAUCGUUCUAGCUCAACCUCUCUCGGUGCACACAUCGAUGAGGGAGCAGCACGGCAUGAGCCCAUCGACCAUGCGCGCGCACAGGGACUCACACACGACGUCGACGACGACGCGGCCCAAGAUAAAGAUCAUCCACAUCAUUGCGCCAGAGAUCAUCAAGACCGACGUCGCCAACUUCCGGGAGCUCGUGCAGCGGCUCACCGGGAAACCUGACGGUGCCAGCACGGUGGACAUGGCACCGCCGGUAGAAGAGGAGAAGGAGAUGACCAAGAAGAGGCUGGCGCCGGCUGCUGUGGCUUAUAGGAGCGAUUUCACGGUGCAACAAGAGCCGAGCAAGAAGAGGAAGAUCAAGUGCGAGGUGAAGGUGGAGGAAGGAGGUUUCGGCGACUACGACCUUGAUCGUAACGAGCUGUGGAUGGAUCUGAACCCGGGAGGCUUCUUGAGCUUCUUGGAGGAGGCGGACGUCUUCCAAGGGAUGGCUACUGAUGACUUCUUGCAGCCUCUCGUCAGCUCGUCGAGGAUGGAUUUGGUUGGCGAAAUGUACGCAUCUUAAUCAGUAGGGCUAGAGAUUGAUUUCCUUUGUGUCGUGAGGAUUUUUUGCACUUUGGUUGAGAGUUGGGCCGAUUGAUUUCUUUUCUCUUUCUAGAUGAACAUAUAAAUGGUGGAAAUUCUUGCACCCUUGGAUGCAAAUUACGGUGUGUAUGCAAGAGUUACUGGUGGGAUCAUAGAAAAACUGGACAAGUUGGGGGAAUUUUUUA